UUGGCCGUGCGUAGUGGGAGCGUUGUGGGUGCGCCAACACUCGUGUGUCGGCCGAAAACUGUUGGUGUGUGAUAAUCCGAGAACAAAUAUGUAAGCGGACGGGAAUUAGAAGGGGGGAAAAAAGUUUGAUAAAUGCAGAGGUGAUGCUAAGAUUGGUUUGAGUGGAGGCAGGAGAAGGGUAGACAGUGGAGGCGGCGCGUGGAGCUGGUUUAACUGAUGGGUUUAUACGGAAACACCGGGUCACCGCAGGAUAUGUACUGGCAGUACGGGUCCUCUGAGGGAGCCUACGACCCCGGCUGUGACCCCUCGCCCACCAUGCCUCAGCUCCACGACCACGCCCACGCCCACGACCACGCCGGCGCCCACGAGCAAGCACCGCUGACGCCCUCGUCCUCGUCCUCGUCGUCCAACUCAUCAGCUUCCUCGGGAGGACCUGGCUCGUUCGUUAGUCCGUGUAGCGAACGAGCCAACAACUACGUUUCACCGGGUUCUGACGCCGGCUCCACUGGUGUUGGGUCCCCGGCUACUGUACUGUCGUCGGGCGGGGUAUCUAGCGUGCCCAGCGGCGGAGAGGGUAGCGAGGUGUCCUUCUGUGCCGGCUGCUCUGGCCGCAUCAUCGACCGCUUCUACCUGCGCGCGGUGGAGCGCAAAUGGCACGCUGGGUGCCUGCGCUGCGUCGCCUGCCACGCUCCCCUGGACGACGCUGUCACCUGCUUCGCUAGGGAUGGUCACAUCUUCUGUCGUGAUGACUACCACAGGUUGUUCAGCGUGCGGCGAUGCGCGCGGUGCACUCAGACCAUCGGCAGCUCCGAACUAGUGAUGCGGGCGCGAGAGUUCGUGUACCACGUACAGUGCUUCACCUGCGCUCACUGCAACGUUCAGCUCACCAAGGGUGACCAGUUCGGCAUGAGCGGCCCCCUUAUAUACUGUAGGGACCACUACCAGAUGUCAGCACUGCUGGAGGGUGGUUACGUGACGCCCAUGGGCAUGCCCCCGGGUGCCCUGCCUGGCGCCCCGCUUCCCCCAGGCCCCCACCAGCUCCCCCACCAUGGUCUCCACCCCCACCUUCCCCCGGAGGUGCUGCAGGGGUUCCCGCCCCCUGAACACGGAGGCAAGCUACAAUACUACAACGGGGUGGGGACUCACCAUAAGGGCAGACCAAGAAAACGGAAGCCCAAAGAUGAGCCGAUGGACACGAACAUGAACAUCCCUGGAGGAUACGACCUGGAGGGCUCCUACGGGCCACUAGGAACUCCCUGCCAGUCAGUGCGGACCAAGAGGAUCCGCACCUCCUUCAAGCACAACCAGCUACGAAUCAUGAAGUCUUAUUUCGCCCUCAACCACAACCCCGACGCCAAGGACCUCAAACAACUCUCUCAGAAGACAGGACUAUCAAAACGAGUGUUACAGGUGUGGUUUCAAAAUGCUCGGGCGAAAUGGCGGCGACAAAUGGUUUCCAAAGACCCGAAAGCUCUGUCUGGGGGCGGCGGUGAAGGCGGGCUGAGCGAGGGUCAGCAGGGCGAGGGGUCAGCGGGAGACUACCCAGACACGCCCACCGUCCCGCCCUCAGCCAUGAGCCCUGAGGAAGGCAACAGCUCACAGAUCUCCUACCAACAGAUGUUCUGACACCUGUCCUUCUCGGAGAGCGACGCCCACCUGCAACACCCGCCCCCACACAUGCUGCUCCCUCCCACUCUUCUCUCCCUCCAGCAGUCUCUCUCCCCACGCCCACACGCCCCAGGGGAGCACGCCUCCUCUUCCACCUCUCCGGGACACCUCUCACACGCCAUGAUGGCCGCUAGCUCUUUCUUUAGCGAGGGACACCAGCACUCAGGCAUGAAGAAACAUUCUUCGUCUUCUUUCUCCGUUGUGAGUGAAGAGGACGAUACAUACAGUGUGGGCAACCAGUCCUCCAGUCAAGACAUGUUCUUUGACGGCAGCUCUUCGUCUCCUCUGCCUGGUGCCCCCUCCUCCAUCCCAGGCCCUGACGCCCUCAAGGAGGAGAGCGACCAAGUGGAAGAGGACGAGUUUGAAGAGGUGGAAGAAGGAGGAGAAGAGGGAGAGGGUGAAGACAUAGCCAGGAGGCACACAUACCAAGAGCUCUUCUAGUUUUGCUACCCCGCACUGUCUCCAGACAUUCUCAGUGAUAGAACUUACAGACGUGUUGGGGUCCGGCUUAGAACUGUGGAGAAAAACAAAGGUUAAGUGUUCUGGGGCACUUAUUAUUGUGAUUAAUGGAGUUCAAAGAUUUUAAUGAACGCAUUGUGAAUUCCCACACUGCAUUGAAUUAUUCUAGUGAUGUGACACUCAGAAUGCGUACGUGAUGUAACGCUUGGAGUGUGUGUAUGUAACGUGCAGAAAGUGCGUACAGACAUUCAGGUUCUGGACACGAACUUGCGUCAUGCAUUUACAUAGUUCUUUAUAUUGCCAGUCUAUUUAUUGCUAUACCUCGCGAGGGUAGCACCUUACCUGUGAAGUUCUCAAGCCUGUUGGACCGCCUCUGGCCCAACGGGGAUUCCACAGUCUCCAUUCUUUGUAGUAUUUAAUACGACUAGCGUCAACAUGCUUCGUCACACUAAACUCACUCACUCUCUCUCUCUAUCUUAAGUUCUUCAAAGAAGGCUUCCCCUAAACCAGAACUCUAAUUUACAUACUGCAGUCAGGGGUAACUCAAGCUGCCUGCGAGUGCUAGCUGGUUAGUGAUCUCUUGUGGACCUGCUGGUCCAGCAUGUGAUAUGCCCAGCUAGUGUUCUCUGCGAGGCUUGCUGUUGUAGCUUACGCACUCUGCAAGCUCUGCUACUCUAACUAGGAGUCUUAGCCAGGACUGCUGCCCUAGCUAGUAAAACUUACUAAGUCUGCCACUUCUAGCUAGAGGCUCCUGCAAGAUCUGCCCCCCUAGUUAGUGGUUCCUAGUAGGUCUUCUGCCAAGAAAGUGGUCUAGCCGUGCUAGGUCUACCCUUUCCCCACCGUCUCUGCCUGAUAAAAAGUCCGCGGCUCUAGUAUUCGCUCCUCUUGCAAGUAACGAGCCACGAACGUCCAGCUCCUUUAAGAGAGGCAAGGUUUGGCAUCAAGCACAGCCUCGUCUUGCUCUCUUCUAGGCUUGACUGCAUUCACCAACACUCCCACAACACUUCUAUCUUACCAUUAAAUCUAGGCCAACCACCAGCAGUGAAUCUCGCAACGCUAACUUGUGUGUAUGUGUAUGAGUGGGUAUGUGUAUGUGUAUGUGUGUGUGGUGUGGUUCUCGUGAGUGGUCAGUAGUAAGUACGAUCCAUCGAAUGAGUUAAAUGCACCAGUCAUUAGACCCAUUUGUGAGGAAUACCAAAUGCCUUUCCAUUCAUAUCAUGAAGUCAGAUCAUUCACUCACUCUACGGAUGCUGCCCUACUCAUCCAAUCUCAGCGGUAUCACAGAUUCCUCUCAGUCUUGUUUCACAGUCCUCAACCAGCUGUCCAUACUCCAGUUGUGUUAUUCAGACCUCAUUCACUCCAGGUGUGCCAUGAAGUCCUAACUUCAAUAGAAUCAGUUUUCAAGUUCCACUAGCGUUAUAUAGACGUGUAAUUAAGGCGUCACCUGUACCUCUACUCCACUAUUUAUCAUAAAUAUUGAUAUGAAGACUUUUAUUUAAUCCAGUAAUGCCGACUGACUUAAAAAAUCCCAAUCUCAGAGCUUGUUUGCCAUCGUGGUGCACGGAUGCAGAUGUGGAGUUUCCAAUUAACUGAGCCUGGUUCGAGUCCGCUUGAUCCUUUGUUAACACAGUAUUCGGAAUACACAAUAUUUGGAAAUCGCUACUAACCCAUAGGGGUCAUACAGCGCCUGGCGAAUUUAAGGUAAGCACGUUUGAUCUAAGGAAAGGGAGAUUAGGUCCAACAUUCUUGAUCAAGAGAACUUCACCACCAUUAAGGCAUCUCAUCUGAAGGGUACUACUAAAUUUUUUUACUUCCACGAAAGUGUAAAAUCUUAGUUUUCCAAUAAUACCAUUGGUGUUAUACAAUUUUUCCCUCCAGUGGAAUAGUCCUACAGUGGUGUUAUGCGGUACUCACUCCACUGGUGUUAUACGCACAUAAUUAACUCUAAUAGAGGCAUAUACUCAUUCAUUGUAGUGGAGUAUUACAGUUGUGUCACCCAGAUAUUGUCUUGUCAUCACUGCAGGGAUGAUAUACAGAGUUCAGUCAGUCAUGUGUACUCAUUACUUAUUCCAGUGAUGUCAUUCAGUCCUCUCAUUCCAGUGGUUCAAUCACCUCAGUGAUAUCAUAGACAUCUUUCACUGCAGCUGUGGGGUACACACUCACCACUCACGUGAACGAUGCACACUGACAGUCCUCAUUCAUGUUGAAUGUAUCUCUGACGACUGUGUAGGUGUACACUAUAUAAUAUAUAUCUGUGACAUAUGUUGACUUUUUGUGACCCCUAAUAACUGGUUUUAAUGUAGUUAAGUGCGGCUGGUCUUAUGAAUGGUAUUUAGUAAUGUAGCAGAAAAUGCAAUCGCAUUAAUCACAGAGAAACUAAUUCAUUCCAGGUCACCAUUAAGGGUGAUAACUCUGUCCAGGUGAUGGUUUGACUGUUAAACGUUGCCUACAAGUAUGGUAAGGAAAGAGAAUUUGCAGAGCAUUAUUAUAAUAAUCAUAACUAAGCACUAAUCCGAAAAUGAUCACACAGUGCUGCAGGGUAGGAUAUGCUAAAGGUGUAAUAUGUCUGAUCAUAGACUAGCGAGGGUGAAGAGUAUAGCAAAAGUAAAGUUAGUAAGGGUGGUGAAGAGUGCUAGAGGAAAUAUACUCAAAGUCGGUGUGAAAAAGUCGUUGCUUACAAGCCAAAGAGUGUGUCAAAGAUGGGAAUUUGCAGAGCAAAUGAUGAUGUUUGAUAAGGAAUUGGUCUGCAAACUCUCUUUCUUGACCGUACUUUGGAGCUUCAUACAAACUGGUCAUCAGUAUUAGGUCUCAUCGCUCUGCCCCUGACGAGAACUGGUUAUGUGGCGCACAAAAAGCCGACCCUGAUCCUUUGGUUUGUGUGUGAAUAUUAUGUACUGUUAGCGAGUUCUUGUAAGUGAACUCAUGAUUCAUGGCGGAGUAACUUAAUGGUGUAAACAUUGGUUGGUAAUACCCAACUCCAAGAUUUUCUUUUUAAAUACAUUUCUCUUUUCUUAUUGUUUAUGCCUGUAACGUAUUUUAUUUGGUAGAUCCUCAGUUGUCUGCAAUAUAAACUGACUGGCAAAUGGUGCCGAGAAGUAUGGUAGAAAGUGAGUUUGCAAAAGUAUUCUUCGUUCUGAUUACGUUCCACUUAAUACUGAGCGAAACGUCGUCGGAAUAUAGGCUUACUUUCUAAACUGAUUGUCUUCACCGUGUCUGUAACAUAAACCUUCAAGGGCAUUUUCUUCAUCUAUGUUGUGGUAUUUCCCCGCCCCCUUUUUUUUUUUUUCGUUUGAGUUACACGUCCUCAGUUCUCUAGACUAAAAUUUUUCGCAAGCAAUUUCUUUUAAUUCCCUUAUUUUAAUUGGUACAUUUUUUUUCCAUUACACAAUUUUCUACAAGAUUUUUCUUUAUAUUUCCAUGUCACCGCUUUGUCUUCAGAAAUAUUUCUGUGUCCCGUGUUCUUAAAUGAACAUUUUUUUUACGAGUCUCUCCCACUUUGGAUUUUAGUUUGAGAAGGAAAUUUUUCACAUUUUCUGGUUUGUUCAUCAAAUAAAAAAAAAUGAGAAUUUAUCAUGGAUUCAGUGAACCAGUCCUUCAUAACUGCAAAAAAAAAAAAAAAAAAAAAAAAUCAUUGUCUCGUUCUAAUUUUUCUUCCAUAUUAUUAAUACGUCAGUAUUUUGCAAAAAUAUUCACACUUUAUACAGGAAAAUUUUGGCAGCAGCUGAGGUACCAACAGAAUGUUAAAAAAUAAAACCCAUGUAAAGAUGAACUUGGGCAGAAUACUUGAAGUCGACCAAGUGUUCACCAGGAGUAUCGUCAACUGUCUAGUUUAUAAGACCGGUCUCCAAUUAUUGCUUGUUAUGAUUCACUCUAAGUGUUCGCUCUUCAUCUGUACAAAUGAUUCUCGAUCUUUCAAAGUCAAUAAAUCGUCUAAUUUUA